GUGGAUUUCAUUUUCGUAUGUGAUAUGAAUAAAUGUUUCGCUUUGAAGUGUUAUUAACGCGAGCUGUGUCCGAAAUUCGUCAUUUUAAAAAAGCUCGCGACGAGGAGGUGUCGACGCGUCUGCGCGACAUGGAGGUGCUGCGCGGCGCCAAGCACCCGCCGAGCGGCGAGCACUUCGCGCAGUUGCACGCGCAGCUCGAGAAGGCACGUGACGAGCUGUCAGCGCACGCGGCGCUAGUAGGCGGCAAGCUGAGCGCGCUGGCCAAGUACACGGCGCGCUUGCACGACGCCGCCGCCUGGGCGCGCGACACGCGCGCUCGCCUGCAGGCCACGCCGCCGCCCGAACCUGAUGCCCUCGCUGAGAUGGUGGCGUCGGUCCGCGCACGCGAAUCAGAGGUUCGUGAAGUGAUCGAGAACUACAACAACAUGGAGCGCGAGUGCGCGGGCGCGCGCCAGUCCGUCGCGCCGGAACUGCGCGACGCGCUGCACGCUCUCACGCGCGACUGGGAGCCGCUACGCGCUGCCGCUACGCCCGCCGUCACCGCCGUCACCGCCGUCACCGCCGCUCCCGACGCGCGCCGCGCCUCCGCCGAGAGCCAGGCCAGCGAUUGGAGCAGCCGCGGCUCGUCGCGGCGCCGCUCGUCGCAGCAGUCGGCGGCGACGCUGCUGGCCAACUUCGACACCGCGGCGCAGCAGGUCAGUCCCACACUAGCAGCGGUGACGUCACUCGGCAGCCGCGGCUCGUCGCAGCAGUCGGCGGCGACGCUGCUGGCCAACUUCGACACCGCGGCGCAGCAGGUCAGUCCCUCACUAGCAGUAGUGACGUCACUCAGCAGCCGCGGCUCGCGGCGCCGCUCGUCGCAGCAGUCGGCGGCGACGCUGCUGGCCAACUUCGACACCGCGGCGCAGCAGGUCAGUCCCACACUAGCAGCGGUGACGUCACUCGGCAGCCGCGGCUCGUCGCAGCAGUCGGCGGCGACGCUGCUGGCCAACUUCGACACCGCGGCGCAGCAGAUUCGCGACUGGGUGUCGGUGGAGUCGGACAUGCUGCGCGCGCAGCCGGUCGCCGUGGGCGACGUCGACGACAUCCUGCAGCAGCUGGACAAGCAGAAGGGUGUGUUGCGUGAGUUGGAGCAGAAAAAGCCUCAGUUGGACGAGCUUCUGCACACAGCCGAGAGCCUCAAGGGCACCGAGAACAGACAACAGCUGCACGGCAAAGUGACAGCGCUCCGCGAGCACUGGGAUGAGGCGAACGCUCGCGUGUUGCAACGCAAGGCACAGCUCGACGCCAUGCUCGGCGACUCGCAGCGCUACGAGGCGCGGCGACGCGACGCCGACGCGUGGCUGGCACGCAUGGAGGCCCGACUGGCGGCCAUGGCGGCGCCGGGACACACCGCCGACGUGCUGGAAAUGCAGCUGCGCGAGCAGAAGAGACGAGACAUUAAUAGCUACGAGGCGACGCCGACAAGUGGCUGGCGUGCAAUGGAGGCGAGACUGGCGGCCAUGGCGGCGCCGGGACACACCGCCGACGUGCUGGAAAUGCAGCUGCGCGAGCAGAAGGUAUGCUGCAUAUAG